AUGGCAAAUUCCGAUAUCUCUCGCCAGAUUGCUGGCCUCAUCGAGGUUACAGAAGAUAUAGUUGAGGCAUAUGGCUCUAUCAAAGACCUCAGUAGUCUACCCGAAGCCUUCCAAGAAGUCCAUAAACGCCUUCCCCUGGUUGAACAAACCCUGAAAGCUGCCAAGAUCCCGGCGAAGAAAAUGAAGUCCGCCGAUGACGCCAAGGCACUAAAGACUGUCCUGUAUAGCUGCGACGAGAAAGCCGACAAGCUGCGGGAGAUCUUCGAGAAAAUCGGCAAAAAAUCAAAGGACCAAUAUGACUCUUCCGUGUACCGAGCAAUCAUUAUUAAACAAGGCAAGCGUCGCGUCGAGACGCUGAUGGACGGCAUUUUGGAGGAUCUAGGAGUCCUAGUUACGCAUGAGAUAUUUUCUGCGGAGCUGCAGAAGCAGGUUGGGCCGCUGGCAAAGGCUCGCGAGGAGCUGGCGGAAGUAUCUCCAUCACUGGCCGACUCCGAUCUGGCGGAUAAGCCCGAGGCUGCCAGCCAGUAUGGCGAUAACAAUCGCCAGUAUAACUUGUUCGGUGAAGGCACGCAGAAAAUCGCUGACGGCCAUUAUUUUGAGGCGAUGGGAAAUCAGAAUUUUGGUAUUAUUCCGCCCAAGGAGUCUAUAGAGACCAAAGUGGCGUAG